ACGAUGCACAGUAGACAAGUCUUCUUUCCCAAAUCCCCCCUUUCCCUUCUUUUUGAACAUGAUACAUGCCCAUCGGCAAUACAUAUACAUCAUUCACAAAUCACAGACUUACGUUUCAAGUGAUCAAAACCCAUGGCCGAUACAAGUCAAACGGAAAGGGUGUCUUCCGAAUGGGACGAUCUAACGGGGAAGGUAGUGUUGGUGACCGGAGCGUCAUCUGGAAUCGGCCGGAGCUUCUGUGUAGAUCUGGCGAACGCCGGUUGCAAAGUGAUCGCGGCAGCACGCCGGGUAGAUCGGCUGAUAUCUCUCUGCGAUGAGAUAAACGGAAAAGAUCUCAUCGAUGACGUUCGGGCAGUGGCCGUGGAACUUGACGUCGCUGCUGAAGGUCCCGUGAUAGAAGCCUCCGUCAAAAAAGCAUGGGACGCAUUUGGGCGCAUUGAUUGUUUGAUUAACAACGCUGGGGUUAGAGGAAACGUGCUGUCUCCAUUGGAGUUGUCUGAAGAAGAAUGGAACAGCACCAUGAGAACAAACUUAACAGGAACAUGGUUGGUAGCUAAGUACGUGGGUAGAUAUAUGUGUGAUGCUAAACAUAAACAUAAACAUAAACAUGGAGGAUCAAUCAUCAAUAUCUCAUCUAUUUCUGGUCUUCCUCGUGGAGAAUUACCUGGAGGUCUGGCUUAUGUGUCUUCAAAGGCAGGUGUUGUCACAUUGACCAAGGUAAUGGCUAUGGAAAUGGGUAUGUACAACAUCAGGGUGAACUCGAUUAAUCCGGGGAUUUUUAGGUCUGAAAUCACAGAAAGUUUACUGAGCAAGAAGUGGCUGAAUCAAGUGGUUGAAAAGAUUGUCCCCUUAGGAACAUUUGGGACUACUGAUCCAGGGUUGACAAGUCUAGUAAGGUAUUUGAUCCAUGAUUCAUCCAAGUACGUCACUGGAAAUACGUUCAUUGUGGAUGCUGGUACUACCUUACCAGGUGUCCCGCUUUUUUCUUCACUUUAGAAUCUAGAUAAACCCACCACAUUAUUGUACAUCAAGUUUCAACUUUCAGGUCGGAUACAUUUUUAAUUUGCAUGCACGGCGGAACACGCGCGACCAAUAAAAUUAAUUAGGGAUGACAAAAUGAAAACUCCAAAAAUAAGAAGCAUAUAUAUUUAUAAUUUAAUUACAUUGUCGAUGUCAAUCAUAAUAUAAGUUGAUUUUUUAAUUAGUCCAUUUAUCAUUUAACUUUUUGAUAAAAACUGUAUAUUUCGUUUUAGAAAAUAUAUGGAUAUUAUGUUUAUGGAA